AUAUAUAUCAGAAAGUUUGUUUAUAUGAAAAUAAUUUUUCAAUACUUUAUCAUUAUUUUCAGAAUUUUAUGUCACUAAAAUAAGUGCAUAUAUGUCAAAAAUUCUAUGGCAUGUAUCCUAAACGGGUGUGAAUUACGAACGCACUGUCUAACCUAUGGAAUCUUUAGUAAUCAUAUGUGGUUAAAUUUACUUCAACCGGGAAUAUUAAUAUAGUACACAAUAAGAAAAAAACAUAAUUCGCACUCAUCACCAUGUAAACUUACCUCGCAAUUUCUUUAAAUACGAAAAUUAAAAAUUAUUCAUUAACCGCACUUAGCAUUUCUCGACGGAAGCUAAGUGUGAAAGAAUAGAGACAGGUAAUAUAGUAAAAAGCCACGAUUUAGCUUUUAACUAUAAGCUAUAGGGUGUAUAGUAUGAAAGAAAUAAUUGCCGGUAGCGCGCGCUGCUGUUAAAUUCCCAAAAUUAUGAUUCAAAUAAAUACAUGUAUAUUUAUAUGUAUAUGUGUGGUGUAAUAAUUUUGCAAAAUUCUUAUAGCUCAAAAAAGCUAGUUUAAUGUAAUUUUUAAUUCUCUAAAAAAUAUAUGAUUAUCUAGAGGGUCGAAAUAAAACUAACCUUACUUCGAUGGGAAAUAAUAUGAAAAAUAAUUCAAGCUUUCCACGAGUUAACUUUUAUUAAAUAAAUCUACAGAUUUAUAAAAUACAAUCAUUUGAGAUUUAAAAAAAAAAAUUUUAUUGAAUUAAAAAAUUUUAUUAACGAUGGAAGAAAAAUCUCUAGAAGAAUGUUUAAACGAUCCACAAUUUAUUCAAGUAUUAUCUACUACAUUAUCGUUAGAAGUAGUCAAUAAAGAAAAAGAAAUCAAAGAAACUAACAGACAAAUUGAGAGCUUAAAAUCAGUUAUUUCGAGCUUUGUUAAAGACCGUAAAAGAUUAAAGCAGCUGACUCAAAUAGAACAAAAAAAUAAGAUAAUUUUUCAGACUACCUUAGAUAGCUUACGAAAAAUUGAGAACGAAAAAAUUCUAAAAUUAUGUCUAGUUAAAGAGAAACAAAAUGACAGUUUAUUAAAAGCACAAAUUGAUCAAGAACGAUUCUUAAAAAUCCUAGAAACAUACAAGGAAACAUGGAUUAAAUAUGAAGCCGAAUACGAGAAAUUUCCACUGGCUAUAGAGAGAAAGAAAAAUAAAAACGAAGUUGAAAAAAUGAAAAUUCAAUGUAUGAUUCAGGAGUAUAAAAGAGUGGAGUAUCAGAAAAUGUUAAAUUUAAGAAGUGACAUCGAUGAUUUAAAAAUACAAUCAGUUGUUAUUAAAUUAUCUGAAACAGUAUUAGAUAGAUGGAAUCAACAAAAUAAAAUUAAUAGGUUGAUUGAUGAAUACUAUAAAUUAGAAAUAAAAUGGAACGAAAUAUUCCAGCAACAUCAAAAAAUGAUGGCUGAGUUCGAAGCAGAAACGAGAGAAAAAGCAUUAGCGAGACAACAAAUGCCUCCACCAAGAAUUGACUUUUCUUUUAUGCGAGCAGUAUACGCUGAAACUUCACCAAAAGACCCAUUUUGUUAUACACAAAGACUGCGUAAACGGUCUGAUUCAGAUUCAAUCUCAGUUAAUACUCUUAGACUGGAAGAAAUAUGCUGUGAUGAACCGAGUGUUCCCGUAGUUCCAAUACAAAACACUUAUGAAGAAGAAAAUGAUCCAAUUCCAACUGAGACUUAUGAAGAGGAUGUAAAUAUAGACACUGUUGAAGAACAAGAAAUUAACGAAACAAAUGAUCCUAAUGCGGAAACACUUGAAAAAGUUUGUCGACAACUCAGUAUUACAGAGGAACUCGAAGUUUCAAAUUAUGAAAAAAUACCUUCUCAAACUGAAGCACAAAUUCAUUUCGAGUCACAUCCUAUUCAAAAAACUUUUUCAAACGAAAAAAUUAAUCAUCUAAAGAAGAAAAUUUCUUAUACUGAUGAUUCAUUUGAUUCAAGUCUAAAACCAAUUGAAAAGAAAAAACCUAAAAUAGAUCAUCGGCUCGAAGUUUCCCAGCAAGAUUAUCAGAAACAAAAACUUUUCCAAACAAAACAACAAUCUCAUAAUGAUAUUCAUUUGCCUAUUUCUCAUCCACAAGUCAGAUCUAUUGAAACAAUUUCACAGCCAUUAAAUACGAACGUUAGGCCACCAAUGGCGGAAGUUCCACCAACACCAUCAGUUUUAUAUUCCCCACGUCUUGGAUCCAAUUAUGGAAGUAGCACUAAUUUGUCUAAUAUAAUGAAUCAAAAUCUGGACGAUUCUGACAUAAAUUGGAAAGAUUUUGUGCCUUCAAGAGCUGGAUCUGACAUCUCUUACGUAUCAGGUAUUUCUAUGUUUGAUUCUAAGAAAACAGUUGGCGACAGCAAAGCUAUAAAACCAAUAAGCCAGCCACAGGACUUAAAUGUAAACAACUUUUUAAAUUUCUUUCCGAGUACCAAUAAUCAAACAAACAAACGAUUUUUUUGAACAAAAAAAAAAAGACAAGUAUA